GAGACGAGAUACACCGCGUCGCAACCUACAUCGCGGGCAAGUGGCCAUCCAUCCUCGCCGUGCUCGAUGGCAGUCUGGCGUUCAUCCUCGGCUCGUCCCCCGCCCUCACCCACCUGGACAUCUUCCCGCUGCUGUGCUGCACUGAUUACGGCGAUUACGGCACAAGCGAGAGCUCUGUGGUGCCCCUCACCACCGCUGCCCUCCAAUCGCUCAAGAACCUGCGCCACGUCGGCCGCCUCAACUGUGUGGCGGCGACACGGAGACAACCAGGGUGGUGACGUUGCUGCGCCAGCUGACGCCCAACAGCGGCGGUGCUGCGGCCUCGUCCAGCAUCAGCGCAAGUCCCUUCCCCUCCCCCUCUCCCUCUCCGUCGGGAGCCGCCACGAAGCGCCACCUCAAGGUCCACUGCCCCCUUCGCAUCGUCCGUGACCUGGGUCGGGCCGAUGACUCAGUUGAGACGAUUCGUGAGGCGGAAAAGAUGGGGUGGGAGGUGGUGAGAGAGGGAGGGACGACAUCCAUAGAUUGCCGUGGGGAGACCACCGAGGGCCCCCCGACCGCCGAGACCCUCGCCGUGGUGGAGACCAUCAAACGGCAUGCGGGAGGGGGGGAUCCCACCAGCCCGCACUUCAGCGGCAUCCAGUUCGACAACGCAUCCACACUCGACAUCACACUCAGCACCCACGGCCCCGAUGUCGAUGCCGAGUCAUUCAACAGCAUCCCCAACGGGCUGAUCGAGGAGACCACACUCAAAUCACUCAGGUGAGACAGGGAGAGAGAGAGAAACGAAGACGCUUCGCAGAAUCUCUCUGUGGAUGUGUGUAUGGAUGUGUCAAUUCAGCAACGUGACGGAGUUUUACCUAUCGGAUAUCAACGGCGGCUCAUAUGGCAUCUCGACGUGCGACCCCGAGUAUCUGAUCCCGCCCGCCACGCCCAACCGACUCUCGCGCCUCCUCUCAUCCCUCCCCGCACGCACACACGUGGACUUCGACUACUCAACGGCCCACGCCAUCCUGGCCUCAGAGGCGCUCGCAUACAUCCAGCAGGGCAUCACAAAGCCACUCAAGGUACCUACCUAUGGUGGUGCCAUCCCUGCAUCAAGAUAUCCUGCCUUGUCCAUCCCGCAUUGUGUGCGCGUCAAUCAGAAGCUGGAGAUAGUGUACGACGAGCCGCUCUUCUUCAACAAGCCCCGCACCAAGGCGGCCGCCCCUGUUGCCUUCCCCUCACCCGACACCCCCCGACAGUACCCUACUGUGGAAGAGCUCAGCAUCGAGAUCAAACCCAUCGAAAUCAGCUUUGUGGGCGUCCAGGCCGUGUACAACGCGAGAGCCGAGAGCGUCCCCGAGCGGCUGCGGGACCUCUUCCGCCUCGUCCACGAGCUGCGGCCCAAACACGCCACCUUCAAGCUCAGCGAACGGGCAGACACCUUCGCCGCUCCUGGCGACGGUGACCAAGUCGAGAGCGAGCUCGACUUGCUGUUCCGCGAGAGCCGUGUGCGCGACGACAUGGCCGAGUAUGGCAUGAAGCUGCGUUUUCCCAACAUCGGCGCGCGCUACAAUGGCAAGUACUCGUCGAUCGAGGAGCUGGAAGCCCUGCCGCGCGAGCACGAGUUGGCCGUCGAGAUGGCGAUAUGGCCGCUGGACAACAGUGAUGCUGAUGGGGAGGAGAGGGAGGGACUCGACGAUGAGGAGGGCUGGACGGACUGAGGAGGGGAGUGGGGAGAUAGUUAGCUGCCGGUGUGAAUAGCCACUUCGUGUACAGACAGACAGCCGAGAGAGCAGCCCAGCCGAAUGCUCGGCUGCCGCCUUACGAGAGGAACAGUGUGCAGAUGGCUGUGUAGUGCUUGUGUAUGUUGUUGGACGGCCCCUCGCGGACCCCAGGUCUAUGCGGGUCCAAUGCUGUGUGUGUGAAGGCUGUACAUCGAUUCAUGAAACCGCAUCAUCUUGA